CACCCGUCACCCUCACCAAAAUUCGGGCAUUUGGCAUUUUCCUAUUGAAAAUUCUCCCCUUCUUCAAUUCCCAAACGGGGGAAACAGGCUGUAAAUGAAGAAUAAAGCAUUCGAUCAGCUACACAGGGCACAUUCUUGAACCCUCGGACCUCAAAUUAUGUAAAUCUGCAAUAAUUUAAUUACCACGUAUUCGUGUGUAAUAUAUUCGCUGACUCAUUGGGAUCCAACAGAACCUCGAGGCACUGUCGAAAAUAUCUAUUUUCGUGCACUCGUUUUUACGAGUAAUUUUAAUUUUAUGGUUUUUGUUGGUAUUACACAGUCUAUUAAAUUGGGAUCGCGCCUCGGAUUCCCAAGGCGAAAACAAGAUGGGGUUGAGACAAUUUUGAAAAUUGGAGUUGGAAUUCUGUUUUUAAUUUAAUUCAACUUCAGGAGAAAUGAAGGCUGGGAGUGCGGCCAAGCUUAUUGUCGAUGCGCUGUUGCAGCGUUUCCUUCCACUUGCCAGGCGUCGAAUCGAAACAGCUCAAGCACAAGAUGGGCAGUACCUUCGACCAUCAGAUCCGGCCUACGAGCAAGUGUUAGACUCUUUAGCUAUGGUGGCGCGGCAUACGCCUGUACCUUUAUUGGAAGCUCUAUCACGGUGGAGAGAGAGUGAAUCACCAAAAGGUGCAAACGAUGCAUCAACAUUCCAGAGAAAGCUUGCAGUAGAGUGUAUCUUUUGCUCAGCAUGUAUUCGCUUUGUCGAGUGUUGCCCGCAAGGAGGACUUACAGAGAAACUUUGGAUUGGGCUUGAAAAUUUUGUCUUUGACUGGCUUAUUAAUGCAGACAGGCUUGUUAGCCAAGUUGAUUAUCCUUCAUUGGUAGAUUUGAGGGGCCUUCUUUUGGACCUAGUUGCACAACUUUGUGGUGCCUUGUCUCGGAUCAGGUUUAGUUCUGUGACUGAGCGCUUCUUCAUGGAACUCAACACUCGUCGAAUUGACACCAGUGUUGCUCGAAGUGAAACACUUAGUAUUAUCAAUGGGCUGCGCUACCUUAAGCUUGGGGUCAAAACAGAGGGCGGUCUAAAUGCAUCAGCUUCCUUUGUUGCUAAAGCCAACCCCCUAAAUCGCGCUCCUCAUAAACGGAAAAGUGAACUUCAUCAUGCUCUAUGCAAUAUGCUUUCAAACAUUCUAGCUCCACUUGCUGAUGGUGGAAAAGGUCAGUGGCCUCCUACAGGUGUUGAACCUGCACUCACCUUUUGGUAUGAAGCCGUUGCACGAAUAAGGGGGCAGCUCAUGCACUGGAUGGAUAAACAAAGUAAACAUAUAGCUGUUGCUUACCCUUUGGUGACUCUUCUGCUAUGUCUUGGUGAUCCUAAUAUUUUCCUCAGUAAUUUUGGCCCUCACAUGGAACAAUUAUACAAGCACCUUAGGGAUAAGAACCAUCGCUUCAUGGCCUUAGAUUGUCUACAUCGCGUUCUGAGGUUUUACUUAAGUGUUCAUGGUGAUUCACAACCUCCCAAUCGUGUGUGGGAUUACCUGGAUAGUGUCACCUCACAACUUCUGACAAUCCUAAGGAAAGGAAUGCUCACUCAGGAUGUCCAGCACGACAAACUUGUGGAGUUCUGUGUGACUAUUGCAGAACAUAACCUUGAUUUUGCUAUGAAUCAUAUGAUAUUGGAAUUAUUGAAGCAAGAUAGUCCAAGUGAAGCAAAGGUUAUAGGUCUUCGUGCUUUGCUUGCCAUUGUUAUGUCUCCUACAAGCCAGCAUGUUGGCUUGGAAAUUCUGCAUGUUCAUAAUAUCGGUCACUACAUUCCAAAAGUUAAGGCUGCAAUUGAAGCCAUUCUGAAGUCGUGCCAUAGAACUUAUAGUCAGGCCCUUCUCACUUCUUCAAGGACCACUAUAGAUGCUGUCACAAAGGAAAAGUCUCAAGGAUAUCUUUUCCGGUCAGUGUUGAAGUGCAUACCAUAUCUGAUAGAAGAAGUUGGCCGAAGUGAUAAAAUUACGGAAAUCAUACCCCAGCAUGGCAUCAGUAUUGAUCCUGGUGUUCGUGAGGAAGCUGUACAGGUUCUGAAUCGGAUUGUAAGAUACCUACCCAAUCGUCGCUUUGCAGUUAUGAGAGGGAUGGCAAACUUUAUCUUACAUCUUCCUGAUGAGUUCCCCCUUCUCAUUCAAACAUCAUUAAAACGCCUUCUGGAACUCAUGCGCUUUUGGAGAGAAUGUCUGUCCGAUGAUAAGGUAGAAAUUGACAUUUCUGAUACAAAGCGUGUGCAGAGAAAUGAAGCAUUCAGAAAAUCUUCCUUUCUUCAGCCUCAGGAAGCAAUUGAAUUUCGUGCUUCAGAGAUAGAUGCUGUUGGUCUUAUAUUCCUUAGUUCUGUUGAUAGUCAAAUCAGGCAUACCGCCUUGGAGUUACUGCGAUGUGUACGUGCUUUACGAAAUGAUAUACGAGAACGUUCAAGAAAUGAACGGCCGGAGCAUAUCCUCAAAAAUGAGGUUGAACCAAUAUUCAUAAUUGAUGUUCUAGAAGAGAAUGGGGAUGAUAUUGUUCAGAGCUGUUAUUGGGAUUCUGGACGUCCUUUUGAUCUGAGAAGAGAAUCUGAUGCUGUACCUCCUGAUGUCAGUCUCCAGUCUAUACUUUUCGAGAGCCCAGAUAAGAACAGGUGGGCUCGAUGUCUAAGUGAGAUUGUAAAAUAUGCCGCUGAGCUCUGUCCUACCUCUGUUCAGGAAGCAAAGUUAGAGGUUAUUCAACGACUUGCUCAUAUAACACCAGCUGAGUUGGGGGGAAGGGCUCAUCAGUCACAGGAUACAGACAAUAAGCUGGAGCAAUGGCUCAUGUAUGCAAUGUUUGGGUGCUCAUGUCCACUUUCGGGCCGAGAAGGUGGAGGCUCACCAGCUACAAAAGAACUAUUCCAUCUGAUUUUUCCUUCCCUCAAGUCUGGUUCCGAAGCACAUGUACAUGCAGCCACCAUGGCGCUUGGUCACUCACAUCUAGAAAUAUGUGAAGUUAUGUUCAGCGAGCUUUCGUCCUUUAUAGAUGAGGUUUCUCUCGAAGCAGAAGGAAAGCCAAAGUGGAAGAGUCAAAAGUCUCGUCGUGAAGAACUCCGUAUCCACAUUGCGAAUAUAUAUCGCACAGUUGCAGAAAAAAUUUGGCCUGGAUUGCUAGGUCGCAAACCGGUUUUUCGCCUUCAUUAUUUGAAGUUCAUUGAAGAAACAACUAGGCAGAUAUUGACAGCAUCUGCAGAAAGUUUCCAAGAGAUGCAACCUCUCCGUUUUGCACUUGCUUCUGUUCUAAGGUCUCUGGCUCCUGAAUUUGUUGAUUCCAAGUCAGAGAAAUUCGAUGUUCGAACUAGAAAGAGACUUUUUGAUCUCCUUCUCUCCUGGAGUGAUGAUACAGGUGGAACAUGGAAUCAGGAUGGUGUUAGUGAUUACCGACGUGAGGUUGAACGCUACAAGUCCAGUCAACAUGCUCGAUCGAAGGAUUCUAUUGAUAAACUUUCAUUUGAUAAAGAAUUGGGUGAACAGGUUGAGGCAAUACAAUGGGCUUCUAUGAAUGCAAUGGCUUCACUAUUAUAUGGACCUUGCUUUGACGACAAUGUGAGAAAGAUGAGUGGCCGGGUAAUUGCUUGGAUCAACAGCCUAUUUAUUGAGCCUGCUCCAAGGGCACCAUUUGGUUAUUCGCCAGCUGAUCCAAGAACUCCAUCUUAUUCAAAAUAUACUGGUGAAGGUGGGCGAGGAGUAACUGGCCGUGAUAGGCAUAGAGGUGGUCAUCUUCGUGUUUCUCUUGCAAAAAUGGCUCUGAAGAAUCUUCUUCUCACAAAUUUGGACUUGUUUCCUGCUUGCAUCGAUCAGUGCUACCACUCAGACGCCGCAAUAGCUGAUGGCUACUUCAGUGUUCUGGCUGAAGUCUACAUGCGUGAAGAGAUACCAAAAUGUGAGAUUCAGAGACUAUUGAGCCUUAUCCUUUAUAAGGUGGUUGAUCCAUCUAGACAAAUUCGCGAUGAUGCUCUUCAAAUGCUUGAGACACUCUCUGUCCGUGAAUGGGCUGAGGAUGGUACUGAGUGCUCAAAUAGCUAUCGAGCUGCUGUUGUUGGCAACCUUCCUGAUUCUUAUCAACAGUUCCAAUACAAGCUCUCUUGCAAACUUGCUAAAGAUCACCCAGAGUUGAGCAAGCUUCUUUGUGAAGAAAUAAUGCAGAGGCAGCUUGAUGCAGUGGACAUAAUUGCACAACAUCAAGUUCUAACCUGCAUGGCCCCGUGGAUAGAGAAUCUCAAUUUCUGGAAACUAAAGGAUUCAGGUUGGAGUGAAAGAUUAUUAAAAAGCCUUUAUUAUGUAACAUGGCGUCACGGUGAUCAGUUUCCGGAUGAAAUUGAAAAGCUAUGGAGCACAAUUGCUAGUAAGCCCAGGAACAUAAGUCCAGUCCUUGAUUUCUUGAUUACAAAGGGGAUUGAAGAUUGUGAUUCUAAUGCAUCAGCAGAAAUAACUGGAGCAUUUGCCACGUACUUCUCUGUUGCUAAGAGGGUUAGUUUAUAUUUAGCUAGAAUUUGCCCACAACGUACAAUUGAUCACUUAGUUUACCAGUUGGCUCAGCGGAUGCUUGAUAGUGUAGAACCAUUAAGACCUGCUGCAAAUAAGGGUGAUGGUGGUGGAAACUUUGUUUUGGAAUUCUCUCAGGUUCCUGCAGUGGCACAAAUCAACCCUGUUGUGGACACCCAGCCUCACAUGUCACCUUUACUAGUUCGUGGUUCUCUUGAUGGACCACUCAGGAACACUAGCGGAAGCUUGAGCUGGAGAACAGCUGCUGUUGGAGGACGAAGUGCCUCGGGUCCAUUGACUCCUAUGCCUCCAGAAAUGAACAUUGUUCCAGUAACUACUGGUCGGUCUGGGCAACUUCUGCCAUCAUUGGUAAACAUGUCAGGGCCACUAAUGGGGGUGCGAAGUUCAACUGGAAGCUUGCGAAGUCGUCAUGUAUCUCGAGAUAGUGGAGAUUACCUCAUUGACACUCCCAAUUCUGGGGAAGAUGGAUUGCAUACCGGGGUUGGGACUCAUGGUAUCAAUGCUAAAGAACUUCAGUCAGCAUUGCAAGGCCAUCAGCAACACUCAUUGACACAGGCAGACAUUGCCUUGAUUCUACUUGCUGAAAUUGCUUAUGAGAAUGAUGAGGAUUUUCGUGAGCAUUUGCCAUUGCUCUUUCAUGUAACAUUUGUCUCAAUGGACAGCUCAGAGGAUAUAGUGUUGGAGCACUGCCAGCACCUGCUAGUUAAUCUGCUGUAUUCCCUUGCUGGUAGGCAUUUAGAACUGUACGAUGUUGAAAAUAGUGAUGGAGAGAACAAGCAGCAGGUUGUGAGCCUGAUUAAAUAUGUCCAGUCAAAGAGAGGUAGCAUGAUGUGGGAAAAUGAGGAUUCAACGGUUACCAGGACAGAGCUUCCAAGUGCAGCUCUCUUGUCUGCUCUUGUGCAGAGCAUGGUGGAUGCGAUCUUCUUCCAAGGAGAUCUUCGAGAAACUUGGGGAGCAGAGGCACUUAAAUGGGCUAUGGAGUGCACAUCGAGACAUCUUGCCUGCCGCUCACACCAGAUUUACCGUGCAUUGCGACCCCGAGUAACAAAUGAUGCAUGUGUUUCUCUGCUUCGCUGCCUGCAUAGGUGCUUGGGUAAUCCUGUACCCUCGGUGUUGGGUUCUGUAAUGGAAAUAUUGUUGACUUUGCAGGUGAUGGUGGAAAAUAUGGAGCCACAAAAGGUGAUACUCUACCCCCAGCUUUUCUGGGGCUGUGUGGCCAUGAUGCACACGGACUUUGUUCAUGUUUACUGCCAGGUGCUUGAACUUUUCUCACGGGUAAUUGAGCGUUUAUCAUUUCGCGACACGACAACAGAAAAUGUGCUUCUUUCAAGCAUGCCUAGGGAUGAGCUUGAUACACACACAUCCGAUAGUUCUGAAUUUCAGCGUACAGAAUCAAGGAAUGUCUGUGAACCAUCACCAUCGAAUGGAAAGGUGCCAGCAUUUGAAGGAGUGCAGCCUCUAGUGCUUAAAGGACUCAUGUCUACUGUUAGUCACGGUGUUUCAAUCGAGGUUCUUUCACGAAUAACGGUGCCUUCUUGUGAUUCGAUCUUUGGCGAUUCAGAAACACGCCUCCUGAUGCACAUUACAGGCUUACUUCCCUGGCUUUGCUUCCAGCUCAGCCAGGAUGCCGUAGUGGGACCUGCCUCACCACUGCAGCAGCAGGAUCAAAAGGCUUGUUCCGUUGCAGCCAACAUUGCAAUCUGGUGUCGAGCAAAAUCACUGGAUGAGCUCGCUACUGUAUUUAUGGCUUAUGCCUCUGGAGAGUUCAAGGGCAUAGAGAAUCUUCUCGCUUCUGUCUCACCAUUAUUAUGCAAUGAAUGGUUCCCCAAGCACUCAGCUCUGGCUUUCGGGCACCUUCUACGGCUUUUGGAGAAAGGACCAGUUGACUAUCAGCGUGUCAUACUUCUUAUGCUGAAGGCUUUGCUUCAGCAUACUCCUAUGGACGCAGCUCAAAGCCCACAUAUGUACGCCAUUGUGUCCCAGCUGGUAGAGAGUACCCUGUGCUGGGAGGCACUUAGUGUACUGGAAGCACUCUUACAGAGCUGUAGCUCUUUGCCAGGUUCUCAUCCUCCUGAUGCGGGAUCUUUUGAGAAUGGUUUUGGUGGGACAGACGAGAAGAUUUUUCCUCAGACCUCAUUUAAAGCUCGCAGCGGGCCCUUGCAGUUUGCUGGAGGAAUAGGAUAUGGUGGGGGUUCCACUCUGGCUGGGCAGGCUAAUGUAAAUGAAUCUGGUAUUUCACCUAGGGAGUUAGCAUUGCAGAAUACCUGUUUGAUGCUAGGACGAGUACUGGAUAGUUGUGCACUUGGAAGACGAAGGGAUUACAGAAGGCUGGUUCCUUUUGUGGCGACGGCCGGAAACCCUUGAGACCCAAGGUAUUUUUCAAUCUCACGCAUUGUACUGGAAGGUUAUGGUAGCAGAUCAGUGUAAAUAGAUAUUUGCAUAGAUUUAGCGGUUGUUCCUAUAUGUAAGACUCUGAACUUCUCGUAGGAUUGCACCAAGCUUUCCCCCUUCCAUUCUUGUAAAAACGCUUAGCUCUGUAGUUAGCUCCUCUGUUGUUAUAGCAUAUCAAGUUACUGUCACACAUUCUGCUCUGAAUAAAAGCAUUCAAUUCACCCUCAACUUGCUCAGUACAGCUGAGAUUUCCAGGUCGUGAGUUGACAUAAGAGAUCUUUCGUUAUGAGAUGGAUUCUUCUUCAACAGGGCAUAGAUGUUGCUAUAUAGAGCAACCAGAAUUGAAAAGACACAAGGACAAUCAUGAAAAUACUUGAUCUUCCCCCUCCGUAGCCAUGCCAUAACGAUCCCUGACAUCAAGAGAGAAGUGAUGAGCCCAAUGCUGGAAAGAGGAGGCCGUCUUAAGUGUAACCGCAGUGGAUAGAAAACGAUGGGAAAGACUAGCAUCAAGUGGGCAGCUUGACUCAACAUUAAGCAAGGAUACAUAUGGAAUUCAUAGGUCCGUAUUGAAGUUGGCAAGUACAUUUGUCAUCAAGUGUUGUCGAUACGUAAGCACUUAAAGAUUCAUAUAAGGCAUAACGACAUAUUUUUAUCUCUUAUCGAAACUUAUGACGAUUUUUAUCA